CUAGCCAUGGCCGAUUUUUACUACGCACCUAAAUCGAUAGAUUACCUAAUAAAGUUUUAAGUUAUAGACCUAGAUCUAGAUCUAGAUCUAGUAGAAGAAAUAAGAAAUCGAGUAGAGAUCUAGAUUAGAUCUAAUUACUGAGAGACUGUGUUCUGGCGUCAAUAACCCAAGACAUAGGCCUGGUUUUAUUUCUUCCUACUCCUGUCAACUGCGGCCAGCCUGUCUGUCGCACCAUGUUCACUGUGUGUGAUCAUACGGUGUGAACAGGAUGGCACCGAGGUGUGCAAUUUGGAUGUACACUUGUAUAGAGCGGGUGCAGAGUUGGCCAUGGGAGUUCUCUGACAGGAUCGAUACUAGUCUCUGCUCGCCUCCACCCAGCCGCUAACCGCGACACUGUGUCCCCCACUCGGCCACAGGUUUUUGUGGGGAAGUAGGCAGGGGCUGACUUCCUUUCCACUAUCGAUCACAUAUGUCACAAUAACGGCGUCGAUAACAGCGAUAAUAACACCUGACUGAUGAUCAACAAUAGGACAUUGUCUGCUAGCCGUCUGCUGGUAGUCGAAUGAACGAGAGCGCUGUGUGCGCGUGAGUCGGGAGUCUGGGUGAGUCAUUCUUCAACCGUGGGGUCACCGGCCCAGCAGGACACGCACGUUUCUUCAACCAACUGGGUCAGCGCGCGUCUCUGCUAGCUGAGACGGUCGCAGGAUUUGGGAUUAGCUGCUUGACCAAGACAGGCGGCUACCUGCAGACAGGUGUAGCCACAAGACACUUGGCUACCUGCCAGGAGGUGUAGCCACAGGCACUCGGGAGUAGCCGGGUGGCUACAUGAUGGGAUAACUGUGGUUCGGCUAGCUGGUUCCAAGUGUACGUCUUCGCUAGAAGGACAGACAGCCAUGGGGAUAUUCUAGAAGACUCUAGCACAGUUUUCCUGACCCGUGGUCGCCUGUUGCCAUGGAGACGUUAGAUGUAAACAGGUACAGGUUUGCCAACGUCAUCAGUGACAUCAACAAGGAGCUCCAGGACAGGGGCUACCUGACAGAAGAUGACACCAUCAGGGACAGCAUGGCUGUGGAGAUGACGUGUACUGUACCCAAAGCCAAGGCACAGCUCAGGCAACUUAUGUCAGAGAUGAGGGCGCAGAACUUUGAUGUCAUUGUGUUUGCCACAUACAGAACAGCCUGCAAGCUGAGGUUUAUACAGAAACAAACACACUUGUACCAAAUUGACAUCUGGAAUAUGAUCGAAGCGUUCAGAGAAAACCUGCUCCACACGGUUGAGCCAGUCAGUGAGAUUGAUGCCUCGCGUCUGGAGUCAGUCCUGCACACGGCCUUUUGUCAGUUGAACAAACGUCUGCCACAAGCCCAGUCAGUGCAUGUUGACAGAUGUGUCAGUCUGACCUUGAACUGGCUGAUGUCUGCCUACGACAGAGAGUCUACUGGUCAUAUACGAGCCUUUGCUGUGAAGGUUGCUCUUGCUCAUCUGUCCUCAGGAAAACUUAUAGACAAGCUUAGAUAUAUUUUCACUUUGAUUUCUGACUCAUCUGGUCACAUGAUCAGGUCACGAUUUGACGACUACCUGCGUGAUUUACUUCUACUGCCUGCUGCUGUGUAUGAGGGAACAUCAUUUAGGUACUCGGAAGAAGCUUCCAGAACAUUUUUUGAUUCAAACCCUGUAACUGUCAAUGACUUCCUGUCCGUCAUGAUGACCAUCCCAGGUCGCCAGUGUCUGAUGUGGUUACCUGCCCUCAACAGGAUGGCUCAUGUAGAGAAUGUGAUCCACCCUGUCCAGUGUGAGGCCUGCCACAGAGCUUCCAUCGCAGGAUUUCGCUACAAGUGUCGACGCUGCUGCAACUACAACUUGUGUCAGGAUUGUUUCUGGAGAGGGAAAACCUCUGGUAACCAUAGCAACGAUCAUGACAUGAAGGAGCACACAUCUUAUAGAUCAGGUUCCAAGCAAGUGGGGCGAGCCAUCAAGAAAUCGUUUGACUGUGUCCCAUCAAAAGUGGGAUCCCAGCUCCCACAUUUUCCUGACACUCCCCAGAAGACUUUGGAUCUCUCAUUUAUUGUGCCACCAACUCCUGUUGCCAUCCACAACGGUUUCAAGGACCAUUCCAGUACUCACUCCCUGGACCUAUGUUCCCUGCAUACCAGCACACAGCCUAGAAGCCUGAGGAAACUGACCACGAGCGCCGAGUCCUGUCGAGCCGAUGACGAGCAUCGCCUAAUUGCCCGUUACGCUGCACGCUUAGCUGCUGAUGAGAAUAAAGCUUCCAGGUCCACGGCCGAGCUCAACCUGAGUGUAGACACCAACCAGGCACAGAGGGAGCUGAUAGCCCAGCUGGAGGCCAAGAACAGAGAAAUCAUGCGUGAGAUCCAGAGAUUGAGGCUGGAGCAGGAGGCGUUUGUCCAGGAGGGUGGGGACACGUCCCAGUACAACCCCACCCUGUUGGCGGAGCUGCGGCUCCUGCGUCAGAGAAAAGACGAGCUGGAGGCCAGGAUGCAGGCACUGCAGGAGAGCCGCAAGGACCUGAUGGUGCAGCUGGAGACUUUGAUGAAGCUCUUGAAGAACCACCCAACGUCACCGAGGUCAACGCCCAACAGCUCUCCAAGAUCCCGCAGCGGUCUGUCACCAACAUUCACAGCAGCUCUGGCCAACCGGGCAGCCACCUCACCAGCUCCAUCUGCCAGUGCUGAGCUGAGCUUGACUGGACUGGGUGGUGACGUCCAGCAGGCUUUCACUGUCCAGACAACAUCAGGACCUGCACUGACCCGCACACUGCGCAAUGACCUUCUGAUGGCUGCAGACUCAGUCACCAACGCCAUGUCUUCAUUGGUCAAGGAGCUUCACUCUGACGAUGGAAGUGAAGAGGAAUAUGAUGAUGAUAGGCUAGAGGAAAAGUUCAAUGAGAUGAAGUUUGAUGAAGAGUUCAUGAGCAGGUCGGGGGCAACUGAAGAUGUUGACAUGAGUUCGUGGGGUCGGGACGACCUACACUGGAGGAUGCGACAGGAAGCUGAGUUUUUAGCUCAACUUCGAGCUCGGAGACAAAGAAGUAGCGCCAACUCCAGUCAAACAACUAGUGAUAACGAACAAGAUGGGUACCCUGGCACAGAUGAAGGAGAGUCUUUGACCAGAACAGAUGACGAGAGCUAUGUGGGGACAGACGACCUGGCCUCAUGUCAGGGGGAGCGACUUGAUGACAUCCAGAGUGUCAGUAUGAGAACAGACGAUGAAGGGGCGGAGUUGCCAGAGACUAUCCCAAAGGAGAUGACCAGCAGCAGAUACACAACAGACGAGGACAGUUUCCUACAAACUGACGACGAGUCUUUUAUCAGGACAGACGACGAGGAGGGUGGCAACACAGACUGGGAGGAAUCCACGCGCAGAUGGGUCAAUCGGUGACCUAGAACUCGUCAGAUUGGUCACCUUGUGACCUUUAACAUUGCCAGGAUGGCCUAUUCUAAGACAGGCCAGGUGCUGACCAAGAAAAUUUUCCAGAGUACAUUAAAAAUGUGUAGUACCAGCCCUCCUAGUAGACCUAUACAGCUUUGUUUGCUCACUGGUACUAUUUAUAGAAGCAAAUGCUUUAGACUUGAAAUAUCCAACUCAAAUUGUAACUCUUUUUAAAGAAAGUUUGAAAGUUUCUAAUUCUGCUUUUAAAUACAUUUUUACAUGUUACUUUUGUCAAAUCUGAAUGUAACUUUUGACAACUUUGAUUGCAAUUAACAUUUUAUGUUCAUAAAGUCUUGAUUAAGUAAAUUUGGAUAAAAAUUGUAACCAAAAAUAUAAAAGAUAGCAAACAGUUGAUUUGAUAUGCAAUGAAUCAAGUGUCAACUUUUGAUGAGAAUCAGCUGUUGUUUACAUCUGUGUAUCAGAUCAGUCUGGGUCUUGUGUUUACAUUUGAUUGUAGUAAUGGCCAACAGUUGGAUCUGGGUCAACAUGUACACAGUUCUCUACAUUGGAGGUGUUAUGUCAUGUACACAGUUUUAGUCUGUACAAGAGUAAGAUUGUGAACUUUUAAAGUAGCUCAGGUAAGAUUUAGCCUGAAUACAAACAGGGAUAUAGUGCAAUAAUCAGUUCACAUAUUCUUUUACCUGCUAUCAACAUACAUAUGGUGCAAUAAUUUUAAAAUGAGACCAGCACAUACAAAUAGACAUUGAACACUAGAAGUGGACCAUCUGCCUGUUUGUGACCUGGUUUGAUAUCUUACUCUUUAGAUGAGAGGAUGGCCCUCAGUAGAAUCACACAAUUUUUUUAGAUGAUUUUCAUUCUACCUCCUUGUUUGAUUGUGUACAGAAAGCUAGAUCCCACCUAACAUGUCACUCAUAGCUAGAUCCCACCUAAAAUCAUCCUCAUCCUAUCAAUAAUUAACUUAUUUAACAUACAAAAUUUCUGCAGUCUACUCUGCCUAACUAGAUAUUGUAAUUAAGAUAGGCGUAAAAUAGAUCACAGCUUUCUGGCCAGAUGUUCAAAAGAAAAGAUGUCUAUUUUAAUUUUCUGUAUUAAAGCAGACUUGAAUUCCAUUUUUUUUUAAAAACUGAACAGUUGGUCUGUCAUAAAAGAAUGAAUGUAUAGCAUAUCCCAGGUCAACCCCCCCCCCCCCCCCCCAUUGUGUGAAGUUUAUUAAUAGUCUCUUUAGUUCACACAGGUACUAGAUGGUGUAUGUACACAUUUGAUUCAAGUUUUAGAAAGUUGUCAUGAAUUAGUUUUGUAACUAAGUUUAUGCUAAGAGCCAUCAACAUUUAUUUAAUUGAUGCAGCUAAUUUUUUAUUUCAUAAGCCCAUGUAUUGUAAUUUUUUUUUUCUAUUUUUUAGUUUGUAUUACUUGCGACUUUUUAAACGUUUAACUAACCUGUACAUAGCGUGCCCAUGUUCUAGCAAGAUCUAGUCGUUGUACACUAGCUAAAAUGUGAUGAUUUGCUCAACAAGCCAAGCUCUAUAUAAACCUGUGAUGGCUUGUGUCUGGCUGUGAAAUUCAUUGUUUGUUUCUCAAUGUGGUUUAUUUCAUACCAAGUUUUUACCGCGGAGGAAAUUCUUAGUUUUAGCAUUGUGUUACUGAUCAGAGGAUUUUUCCUCACCAAUAAUUUUUUAAAUCAGGAAAUCAUAUUCUGUGUUGUGAUUCAUGUCCAUUCUUUUCAAAUGCCAUAAGGUUACUGGAUGUUUGGAAUCAUAUUUUGUUUUUAUGCUCACGUUUCAAACAAAAUGUGUAUUUAAUGAGACUAAGUUUUUAACUGCUGCUUUUAAAUUCAAGCAUGCACUAGCAUGGUAGAUUUCAUAAAUAUUUGGAGAUUAGCUUAGAUCAUUCAUGACUAUCACCCCAUACAUCCUAAGUAACUGCUUACCUACAAAUACUAUACCUUCAAACUUUAGGUUGCACAUUCCAUUUUCAGACAAACUUAUCUCUAUUUAUUCAACUGACAUCGCUAGAAAAUUCAGCAAAAAAUUAUUUCAAACGAGGAAUUUCUGAAUUUAAAUUUUCGCAUCAGGUUUUAUAAGAUAAAAAAAAAGACAAAAAGAAGACGGGAACUAUAUUUUCAGUUUUGGAUCAAUAAUUAUAGUUUGGAAACUGAUUUAAAAAUAAAAACCAUAUUUGUAUAUAUGACAAUACUUUACAUGUCGCUUAAAUGAGAAUCAGUUGUACCCAGUGUAUCUUGUGGACUGAUAUUGAUGUUGGCUAAUGCUCCUUCAGAUUUCUAUUUUUGACUAGUUUUUAUAAAAAAUGUCUACUUUCAAUUCUAUUCCCUUUAUUUGCCAGACAUUAGAACAAAUGAUCAGCACAAAAUAUUGUUAAAUAGUGCUAUUACACUAAUUUCAAGACAUGAAAAAACUACGUUGCUAUUUGAACAACCAUUUUUCCUGGCAAAAAUUGUGUCUCUUGACCUUCAGUGAUAUUUAUUUGCAAAUUAUUAUUACCAAGUGGAAAUAUCCAAUAAAAUAUUUGAACCUUG